CCAGACUCGUUCUAAUUUAUUUCUCUACACAUUAAUCUUAAUCAGAUUCCAUGCUUUUCAAUUUUUUUAUUUUUUAAGAGUUUCGAUUCCACGCUUAGAAUCUCCGCUUUGCAAAAUUUGAAUGCAGUGCUUGGAUUGGAAUAUAAACUUAAAUGAUCGACAAUUAAAAUGCUUAAAGAACAUUAUGUUGCCUCGAUCAAAUUGACAUUGUUAUCUUCUUAUUUAGUGCUCUAUUGAUUAACGCAGAUCGAAUAAAGGAAAUGUCUGCCAAUACUACAAAUAUAGUUCAUCCAAAUCCGUCAAUUAAGGACUUUUUUGGUGCUACUGUUAAAGGAUGGGAUAUGGGACAUAUCCCAAACUAUGAGAAGAAAGAAUGCAAAGUACACAAUUUGUUGGAAGAGCAAAACGCAAAGCUCAAAUCUACCAUUCUUUGCACUGUGGCCACGAUGAUGUGAUGAUGCAUGCAAUGCAAGAAAAGAAACCCAAGCAGAAGCAAAGCAAGGUAGCUCAAUUAAAUUAAAUCGACCAAAAAGCCCCUCUCUCUACUUUUGAACCAAGCACUCACGAGACACCCUUGAAGCUUCACCCUUUGAAUUCAUCUUUAUGCUGCUACACGACCUAAUCCUCCUGACCCGUCCUAUUAGGACAAAGAAACCGUGAAAACUGCUUCUUCUCUUCUCUUUCUCCUUACAAUUUUCAUCUUCAUUCAUGAACGUUCCCUUCAUCUCUCUCUCUCUCUGAUUAGUCUCCAAUUCCUAUCUGUUGUAAAAAUUUCCAUCCUUCACUCGUCACAGCUUUGAGUUGAUAAAACAAGUAAGACAAUUGCUUGACUCUGACAUGAACACGUCUUUCUUUUCCUCUCUCACAAGCCAAAACCAAAAGGGUAUUCCCUGAAUUCUUAAAUGAAUCAUUUUGACACAUAUUCUUCUUCUUCUUCUUCUUCUCCUUCUUCAUCUUUUGUUGGAGCCUAUGUUUCGGAAUCGGUUUAUGCACUUCCUGAAAUCGGUUCACACGUUCAGAAGAAAAUAUACUUUUGACAGUCUCUUUUGAUAAGCAAAGCAAAGCAAGUAAGCAAGCAUCACUCACUCACUUACUAGAUAUCUUAGUUUGAGAGGCAUGCACUUUGCUAGAGCUUCAAUGGGGGGCUCAUGUUUCCAUGUGCUUCGUUUGAGGAGGUUCAAGAGUAAGCCUCUGCCAGAACCCUCUUCAUCUUCCAAGACCCGGUUAGAUUCUGACUUGGAGAACAUGGAGAGAAGAAGGUUUGAUAGCUUGGAAUCAUGGUCCAUGAUAUUGGAUUCUGAGAAUGUGGAGACAUGGGAAGCAUCAAAGGAGGAUCAAGAAGAAUGGACCGCUGAUCUUUCACAACUUUUCAUAGGUAACAAGUUUGCAUCCGGUGCUCACAGCAGGAUUUACCGCGGAAUUUACAAGCAGAGAGCUGUUGCUGUCAAAAUGGUGAGGAUUCCCACACAGGAUGAGGAGAGAAGAGCCUUGCUUGAACAGCAAUUCAAGUCUGAAGUGGCUUUACUUUCAAGUCUCUUUCAUCCUAACAUAGUGCAGUUUAUUGCAGCUUGUAAAAAACCGCCAGUAUACUGUAUCAUAACAGAAUACAUGUCACAAGGAACUCUGAGGAUGUAUCUGAACAAGAAAGAGCCUUACUCUCUUUCAAUAGAAACUAUACUAAGGUUAGCUCUUGACAUAUCUAGGGGUAUGGAGUACCUUCAUUCGCAAGGUGUGAUUCACAGAGAUCUCAAGUCAAAUAACUUGCUUCUCAAUGAUGAGAUGAGGGUUAAGGUGGCAGACUUUGGAACAUCGUGUCUUGAAACAAGGUGUAGGGAGACCAAGGGAAACAUGGGAACAUAUCGUUGGAUGGCACCAGAGAUGAUUAAGGAAAAACCUUAUACUCGUAAAGUUGACGUCUACAGUUUUGGAAUUGUGCUUUGGGAACUCACAACUGCUCUACUUCCAUUCCAAGGAAUGACUCCUGUGCAAGCUGCUUUUGCUGUUGCUGAGAAGAAUGAAAGGCCUCCACUGCCUGCUAGUUGUCAACCAGCACUUGCACAUCUGAUAAAGCGUUGUUGGUCAGCAAACCCUUCGAAGAGGCCAGAUUUCAGUGACAUUGUGUGCACUCUGGAGAAGUACGAUGAGUGUGUGAAGGAGGGCUUACCUCUGACUCAUCAUUCUGGUCUAGUCAGCAAAAAUGUCAUCAUUGAACGCUUAAAAGGUUGCGUCUCUAUGACCUCUUCCAUACCUGUACAGGCUUGAUUCCCUCUAAGUUGUGUCUAAGGGAUGAGUUAUUUCAUUAAAAACGGGUACAGCUCAAUAAUGUCAUCUGCGCAACUCUUAUUUUCCAAACAUACGCAACUCUAGUACACACCACAGUGGAAUUUAUCACUUCCAACUAUAUGCUACUAUGUUGUGCAUGCAAAAAAUGUGCGAUUACAUAUAAUUAGCUUGCACAAGAAUGAAGCUCACCGACCACCAACUACCAGAUGUUAACCAAACCCAGCAACAGCAUCCAUCCACCAAACAACUUGAGAAGCCAAGUACAACUUCAUUAAUACAUACAUUGCCAACUAUUACUGUAUUACGUAAAUUCCACCCACCUCAAAUGCUGACAUUAGUCUUAAAUUAAAACUAGACUAUAAUGGGAACUUGGAACCAUGUCUUAGAAGUUAAUUUCCACCUUAAUUAAACAUCCUGCAAGCUAAAUAUAAAUAAUAUAAAUAAAUAAAUUUAAAAAAAAAAUUGCACUAGAAGUAUCAGGUAGCCAAAUUAGUGAAUUUGUGUUGACAGUUAGUCGUGAAUUAUUAAAUUUUCUCUACAAUAGUUAUUGAA